AUGGCUGAGAAAAGGAAACGUAGUCAAAAUUUCACUCCAGAAGAGAAAGAUAAGCUGGUAAAAUUGCUUAUAGAUUAUAAAAAUACCAUUUUAAAUAAUAAAACAGAUGGGUGUACAAAUGAGGCUAAAUUAGCGGCUUGGAGUCAACUGACCGCUUCAUUUAAUGCUACUGCAACUAUUCACAGAACUAAAGAAUCACUAAUGAAAGUUUGGGAGAAACCAAAAUCGGAUAGCAAACUGUAUUAUAGUUCCACUAGGAGAAACAUAUCCCAAACAGGCGGUGGUCCAUUAAAGACAGAUCCAAUACUGGAACAGGUCUGUACUAUAAUGGGCCGUGGAUGUUCUCGACUUGAGGGUAUCAGUGAUAGUGAUGCCCUAACUAGUGUAGAAAUUCCGAUCUGCACAGAAGAGAGCUUGCCAAAAGUUCUAUUUAUUAACACUGGAGAAGACAUGGAGAUAGAUACUGCUACGGAGACAGAGAUAUCACCAAUACCUAAUGUACGAUAA